CAGCCGAGGGGCAGCCCCGGGCCGGGCCGGGCCCCGCGCGCUCUCGGCCAGCGCGCCCUCGCCAGCUGCGCUCGGCGUUCCGGGCCCCCUCCCCAGAGGCCUAGCCGCCGCCGCCGCGAAGGCGCGGGGCAGACAAAGAAGGUAGACAAAGGCGGGAGCAGCCGGGCGGCAGUGCAGGCACCGGGAGAGGCGGGCCCACUCCUCCCGGUAUCGGGAAGGAUGACCACGCUCACGCGACAGGACCUCAACUUUGGUCAAGUGGUGGCCGACGUGCUCUGCGAGUUCCUGGAGGUGGCGGUGCACCUGAUCCUGUACGUGCGUGAGGUUUACCCGGUGGGCAUCUUCCAGAAGCGUAAGAAGUACAACGUGCCUGUCCAGAUGUCCUGUCACCCGGAGCUGAACCAGUAUAUCCAGGACACGUUGCACUGCGUCAAGCCGCUGCUGGAGAAGAACGAUGUGGAGAAAGUGGUGGUAGUCAUCUUGGACAAGGAGCACCGCCCAGUGGAGAAAUUCGUCUUCGAAAUCACGCAGCCUCCGCUGCUGUCCAUCAGCUCAGACUCCCUGCUGUCUCAUGUGGAGCAGCUGCUCCGAGCCUUCAUCCUGAAGAUCAGUGUAUGUGAUGCUGUCCUGGACCACAACCCCCCAGGCUGUACCUUCACAGUCUUAGUGCACACGAGAGAAGCCGCCACUCGCAACAUGGAGAAGAUCCAGGUCAUCAAGGACUUCCCCUGGAUCCUGGCAGACGAGCAGGACGUCCACAUGCACGACCCCCGACUGAUACCCCUGAAAACCAUGACAUCAGACAUCUUAAAGAUGCAGCUCUACGUGGAAGAGCGAGCUCAUAAAAGCAGCUGAGGGUGUGCCUGCCCACCGUGGACGCCACAACUGUCGAACUUUGGGGGCCCAGCCUAGGGCAGUGCUACUCUGAUUCCAAGUGCUCUUAUUGCCUCUAUGUACGGACCACCCACCCUCCAGCCCGGGGCUGCUCAGGCUUGGUUGCCUCCAUGGAGGAAUCCUCCCCAGGAGGGCAGGCAAGGGUGCUGGGACCUCAAUUUCUCAGCCUCCUGGGAUUCAGCUGGCCCACACUGCCUCCAAUACUGUGCUGUGAGUUGUUUCAAUAAAGAGCCCCCAGGGCUGAGCUGGGCUG